CAAACAGCACAGCACAGUGGAGGGUGUAUGUACAAUGUAAUCACUGCUUCAAACUUAACUUUAGGAAAGUAAGUCUUGACUUAAGUUUAUAUUUAGAAACCUGAACGAACGUAAUUUGAGCUCUUGUAAAUCAGACUUAGCAAUAUCACUUUAAAAAAAUGGAAAACUCUAAAGAGGACUACAAGAUUCAGUCUUUUGACUUGGAGACCCAGAAGCUGCUGAAAACGGCCCUGAAAGAGCCCAGCACGGUGGACCUGGAGAAGGUGUCCAAUGUCAUCGUGGACCAGUCUUUGAAGGACCAGGUCUUCAGCAAAGAGGCAGGACGCAUUUGCUACACUAUCGUUCAGGCUGAGGCCAAGCACAACAACGGAAACGUGUUCCGGCGGAAUCUGCUCAACCGGCUGCAGCUGGAGUUCGUGGCCCGGGAGGACACGCGGCUUCGCUCGCUGCAGGAGUGGGUCUGCUUCGUCACCUUCAUCUGCAACGUCUUCGACUACCUCAAGGUGAACAACAUGCCUAUGGUGGCUCUGGUGCAUCCUGUGUUUGACUGCCUGUUAAGGCUGGCUCAGCCCGACUCACUGAACAACGAGGAAGAGGUAGACUGCCUGGUGCUCCAGCUGCACCGCAUCGGGGACCAGCUGGAGAAGAUGGACGGACAGAAGAUGGACGAGCUCUUCUACCUGCUGCGGGACGGCUUCCUACUGCAGGAGGGCCUGAGCUCCAUGGCCCGUCUUCUGCUACUGGAGAUCCUGGAGUUCAGAGCCGGGGGCUGGAUGCUCAGCGACACGGCCCAGAAAUACUACUACAGCGAAGUCACCGACUAGACUGAGGCUAGGCCAGGCUGCAGUAGGUGGAUGGUGUUCAAUAGGAACAAAAUGGGAUUGGACGAGCUCAGGUUGUUAUCUCCCGUUUGGUGUCUACUGAAUGUGACCCUGAAUGAUAGUAUUGGGAGAGGGGCUGCAUAGUGGAUGAUUCCAGAAAGGACACUUUCUUUUUUUUUUUUUUUUUUUUGCUGGGCUUUGCCAUGGGGUAGCCACUAGUCAGUGCGGUUAGCAGCAGGGAUAUUUCCACUAGCCAGAUAGUCAGUUUGACAUGUGCAAUUUGUAAAUGGUUGUUAAAAGGUUUUCGUUGGCGAGAGGUGUAUUUGAAUUGGGUUGGUUUAGUUUGAAGCAAGUUUGACUGAAUUUCAGGAUAUUUUGUGGGUUUCGAUUUGCAGUUUUUACUCCAGUCUAAUUAUUUAUUGUUAAUCCCUUUGCUUUCUGACAUUCCAAUGUUAUGAGACAUUUCACUAUUGUACAUAAGUAGUUCAGAUACACAUUCCAGUCACGUGGGCUUGACCAUGAUUGAGUUCAUCUUAUAGCUCUUCUGCCAGUCGUUACUGAUGCUGUUUUCAAAGGUGAUGAUCUUCGUUACUUUUUCUACAAAAAAAUAUUGAGGUCUGCAGAACGUUUCGAGAGCUUAGACAUUCAUUAGGCCCAAGUGAAUGUAUGGAUCAAAUUAUGAUCUCACAAUCAAUGCUUUACAAAAUAGGCUGCUUUUCCACAGACAGCCCAAUUCUGGUCUUUAUUUUGUUUUACCAGUAAUUGGUGUUUUUACCAAUCAGAUUAGCUCUUUUGCCAAUAAUUAGGCAAAAUAUCAGAAUUGGGCUGCCUGUCUAAAUACAGCCAUAGGGUCCAAAUCAAUUGUACAAGAUACUUUACAGUCAACUUUGGUUUUAAAAGCACCUGUUUGUGGUAGAUUACAAUGACUGAAAAGCAUUUUGGCUUGAGUUGAGGGAUUUUUGACAAAAUCAAUCACACAAAAGAUUAAUACAACCCAUGUAACUCCACGUGGGUCCACCCUGCUGCCAAUGACUCUUAAGCCUCUUCGUUUCCACUAAGGUCAAAAAACACAUGACAAGAGAGGGUGACAAUUUGGUAUUAUUAGGAUUUGGGACCAAGAGAUUUGUCAAAAGUAAUUUGUAAUAUUUCCUUUCUGAAAAUAUCAAUAUUUUACUUUUCAUGGUCUGAAUCCUAGCGUUUGAAUUGUUAAUAUCACAAGUUUAUCUGAAUAAUAGUUUUGUAGUACAUGUGGUGCCAAUAUGGACAGCAAUAUCGUCAAAGCUGGAAGUUCUAGUCAGUUUUUGCUGAUUCUAAUAAGAACAACUAGUUUUGCAGAUGUUUUUGUAUUCACAAGUCUCUAUGAGGUACUGUACCUCUUUUAAACGACAUAGUCCACACUUUGGUGCUACAAAAUGGAUGCUGUCUUUUUGCUUUCGGCUUGGGAAAACUGUGCACCACAAUGCAAACGUUUAUUCCGUUUGGAAGCUGAGAAUAUUACUGCAUUAUAGUGACUUUAUAAGUUCUCUCUGGCUGUUCACUACUUGUUGCUGUUAGAUUUUCAAAACAGUAGUACAUCUGAGAUUUAUUCCACCAGCACUAAGCUUUUACCAGGUUCACUUUAUUGAAGUCCACAUCUAGUAGUUUUUGUAGUUGAGAAUAUGUAUGUUUUAUAAUGUUUACACUGUGUGCUGACCGAGUACCACUGCACACAAUCAUACAGCAGACUACUUCUAGGUCCUGUUCCAAUAUCUUUAACAUUCAUCCUUCCUCAUAGUAAUCACUGAUCUAAUGGGAUCCAUUGCGGAUCUUUUUCCUACCCUAGUUAUGUCAGCUCAGUGAUUACUGCAAGAAAAUGAGGGAGGCAUGGGGAAUUGUUGAUUAUUCCAGCAGGGCCAUUGACUGAAUGAAAGUCUUUGAAGAGGGAAGAACUGUAUACUUUUUUUUUGAAGAUAUGAUCACACAUAGUGUUAAUUAGUAGGCUAUUUUAGCAACCUCUGUUGGCCCUAGUGGACAGUGACUGACAUAACUUUUCAAUUGUUUGAAAUUUAGUUCACUAGAUCAGUGUUUCUCAACAGUUUUCAUUCAAAACUGUGGUUCUCCUCAGUGUACAUUCAAAUUCACAUUUUGGAGUACAUCUUAGCUAAAACUAGGCUGCCAAGCACUGCACUAAAAUAAACUUGUUGGUCAUCCACUAGUUUUCGCAUAUUUGAUAGGGCCAUUAUGUUGAAAGAAGAUUAUUGAAGUAAAUGUGUAUAUGCUAUAGGGCCUAUUUAUUGCUACAUAAAGACCAAGUAUUCAAAGUAAAGUAAUUCAGUAGAAACCUAAUUUGGACAGGAAGUGCAGCACUCACAAUUUGCCUACUAGUGGUUUGCGUACAUGCCUUUCGUUUUACAGAAUUACCAAAUAAGUUUGAGCAUUUUGUACAUUCAUCUACUCAAGUAGAUAUAUAGAAAGUUUGAGUUUACUGUGUGAAGACAGAGCUCAGUGUAUAUUUUCCUAUAAAUAUUCCCAUUACUAUAGUUGGGUAUCUGAUCUGUUCAAAUGUCAGAAGUACAAACAUUGGUCAAUUUCAUUUUUGCUACUGUUGUACAUUGACUGCAGAUUAAUAAAAAUCACAUUAAAAUCGA